CAUGAAUCAUCCAUCUGACGAACACCUGUUUCAACCUUGAGCGCCAUGGCCCCAAAGACGGACCUGCUCAGAUUGACCACAGCGUCCAGUACUUCCUUUGAGGAGCUUCCUGCCUUGAAAUCGCAUGUGGAUGAGCUGAAGAAGGCGAUCGAGUCAAUGAAUGCAGAGUGGGCGCGUGGUCGAGAAGUCAUGGACCGGACCUAUGGCAAAGUUCAUGCGUUGAAAGAAGAGCUGGAUGGGAACUGGAAAGCUGGGCAUGACGCGUUGGAGGCCGCCUGCAGUCGGCUCCGAGAUUCCCUUGACAAGGUCGGAGAGGACCGGACGUUGUGCGAGGAGGCUCAAAGUAGCAGCACGGAGGGGCUCCCAGCGCUCUUCCUCAAACGCUUCAAGGAUCCCAUGCGCUUCGCCAACUUUCAAGGAGGAAAGAUCCACGGCUGCAACGAGAAGUUUGGUUCCGACGAGUGCAGUUGCCCCAGCGGGCACGAGGAACUGGGCUGCCAAGAUGAAGUGAAUCCUUCCAAUAUCGAGCUGAAGUGCAGCAACAUCCUCAACUCGCAGAUCCCUGCGUCGAAUGUCCUGGACUUCUUCAAGUCGGGAGGUGCUUGCAACAUCUCCAGCCAGGAUGAACUCAUGAAGCAAGUCGUGGAUCGUGAGACCAUGCACCGCUUGGAGGAGUCGGGUAUGCCAGUCCAUGCCCUCGCCCUACGGUAUGCCUGCGCUGAAAGAUGCCGACGCUCUUCCCGCACCAUGGACGCUUUCUGGGAGUUCAUGGAGGUCACCGCGAAGCAGCCAGACCUGUGAAGAAAAUGGGCAGAUGUCGGGGAAAGGGACCGGA